AUGGUGAUUGGUCACCGGUUAGCUAUACGGCUAAAUGAGAUCGGGUUUCACGUAUACGCCGGAUGUCUGGACCCUCAGGGGUCAGGCGCUGAGGACUUGCGGACCAAAUGCAAACACGAGUCAGCGAUGUGUGUACUGGAGCUGGACGUGACCCGAGACGAUCACAUUGACCGGUGCUUUCAUAUAAUUGAGUCCGAUCUGCAAACCCGUGACUAUAAGUUGUGGUCAGUGUUGUACGGGUUACCAGAAAAUUCAUACCACUUCUUAGAUUAUCAUGUGGUAAGUCGUAUAAUAAUAACUGCCAGUUUGGGGGGUCGGGUGGCGGCGGAUAUGCUCGGCGCCUACUGUAUGACAAAAGCGGCGAUCAUAUCAUUCUCGGACUCAUUACGGCGUGAAAUGAGCAAGUUCAACAUCUCGGUCACCACGAUUGAACCUGGCGUAUUUAAAACGAGCAUGGUUAACAACGCUUGCCCCCUAUUACAAAGUUCCUGGAGCUGUACUGACCCAGAUAUUCAACAGAUCUACGGCCAGACCUAUAUCGACGAAGUGUUGCGCAUCGUUGCUGGCGGUGGAGGUCUGGCCGCCGACGCCGGCGAUGAUAUUGAUAUAGUGGUGAACGAUAUGAUGGCGGCAGUUGUCCGGCGCCGACCGGCCAGGUAUUACCGGCCCGUAAAGGGCCUGAUGCCUAGCCUAGCGGCUCGGUUUGUAGCCAUAACCCCACAGUGGAUGAUCGACUCGUAUUUUUGCUCAAUUAACCCUCUGGUACCGGUGGCUAUGACUGAGACAAACGGGUCAGAUCCCUUGGACACUGCGAUUGGCUGCGAUUCUGGUUUCGGCAAUGCAUUGGCGUUGCGAUUAAACUCAAUGGGAUUUCGAGUCUAUGCGUGUGUUUUGGACACAAACAGUACCGGAGCUCAAGAUCUGAGCAAUAAAUGCCAGUUUAAGGACGAGAUAUGUAUUGUGCGAAUGGAUGUCACUAUAGAUGAGGACAUCGAUUGG